AAUUUACAAACAGAUAAACUUCCCAAGACAGAAUCCUAUGUUACAUUAGUUCCAAUACUAAUAGCUCUUCUAUGUAAAGAGCUGUAUGUAAAGAAGAAGCCAACUGGGAGAAAUCUCUAUUUCAUCCUGCCUAGAAAAAUAAAGGAAAUAUGGAAGUGGCGACGCAUUAAAAUAUUUAUCAUUUGACAUCACAGGCCUAUGAAGGGUUAUAUGAAGUAAUUUCUAAAAUCGAUUUGCUUUGUAACUUCCAAGUAAAGCAAACCCAUAACUCAAUGACAGCAGUUGGUAGAGGUCAACUCUUCUAUUCCAGGCAAAGAUCCUACGGUGAGUUGAAAGUCUCCCAGACCUGGUCCGUCAGGAAGGGACAAAAGAUUCAGUUUCUUGAGAUGGCGGGGGGGGGGGGGGGACUUGGCACUGCAUCACACUUCAAAUCCAAUCGGGUUUCUCCCAUGCCAACCGAGCACUGUGCGUCAAAGCAUACCCUGGUGUCGUAAGGACAGUGAAAUGGAUGUAAAAACCCUUAUUUGUCUUUCAUUUCCUGAACACCUUAUCAACAUGCACAAUAAAACACUCCUGGAUCCCCAUCACAGGUCACGGGGAGAGCCCCUAGAGUUGCCGCUGCCACCCCCCGGCCCCCCCUCCCCCCGUAGAGGUGCUUGCCCCUCAGCACUGGGCUCUUCCCAGAUCACCGUCGGGGGGUGGGGGCGAAUUCACCGACCGAGGAAAGCAACGUGGGCUAGGAAGUCUGUUACCAAAACAGAAAUCGGGAUCAAAAAUACCGAUCCUAUCGGACCUCCGCCCGCUCCCGGAGCACAAAAACAAAACCAAACACCCCCCGCCAACUUGCCCCACCGUUACGAAGGUGGCCCAAGCUCUGAUCAAAGGUGCCUCCCAAUCAUCCUCUGGGCGAGAGAGCACCUGGGGCGAGUCUCCGGCCCCCGCCCCCCGUCCCUCGUCUCUCACCCCGGCCGGGACCAGGCCCCUGGACUGACAGGAGGGGCUGGCCAGACGCUGGCCCGCCCGGGGAAGGCGGCAUUAUCGCCGAACCGCGCUCACACCGCGGGCGGAAGCAACGCGGGACCUGAGCAAGCCCACAUUGUUUGAAGUUGUGCUUUGGUGGGAUCUUUUAAAGCAUUUUUAUUUCCUUCUGUGUUCCUGAUUGACCUACUUAAAC